AUGGCGAAUAACCAAAAUCCAAACACUGAUCUACCCCAACUACAAGCACAAAUCACCCAACUCGCAUCUAUCCUGGAACAGAUCAAUCAAAGGCUGGAUACAAUGGAGGAACGUCGAAAUCGAGAUGAGGUUGGACCUCACAAUAGGAGGGUGCGUAGGCCUCCUCCGGAAGAUGAAGUAGAUGGCAGUGAAGGGAACGAAGAGGAUGAGUAUUACAGGGAGAGAAACAGGGGAUUUGGUAAUCAUGAAGCGCGCUUUGGGCAGAAUGGUCGUGAAUUUCCCAGGGGACGAGGAGGACGUAACUUCAACCGUCAACCUCUUGAUGAACUAGCCAAGGGAAUGAAGGUAGAUGUUCCAGAUUUUUUUGGAAAACUAGAUCCCAAUGCUUUUGAAGAUUGGUUGACGGCCAUUGAAGAUUAUUUUGAUUGGUUUUCUGUGUCUGAGGAUAGAAAAGUUCGUUAUGUCCGUAUGAAAUUAAAAGGACAUGCACGAGCUUGGUGGGGUAGUGUGGAAGAACAACUACGCCAUACUCAACGUGCGCUGGUUUCUAAUUGGGAAGAAAUGAAGGAGCGGCUGAAAGAGAAAUAUCUGCCUAUUAACUACGAGCAAAUUAUGUUUGAAGAGAUGCUACAACUGAGGCAGGGGACAUUGACUGUCGACCAGUAUACAAACCGCUUCCAUGAAUUGACCGUUCGCAUCAAGGUGGUGGAAAAUGAGCAACAGACACUAGCUCAUUACCGCAUGGGCUUACGUAAUGAACUGCGAAAAGAGAUGCUAAUAGCACGGCUCUUAAGAGUCGACAAAGCUUAUCAAUUGGCCUUACGAGUCGAAAAGCAACUUGGAUUUUUCAACGGGAGACGCAUGUCAACUACGGAUCCCAGGCAGGAACGUGCACCAACACAACCAUACCAGAAACCACCUCUGCCCACUGACCAGGGUAGACACGCUGUGGUGGGUGACCAAAGAGGAAAGGGCAAACUUACCGGCGACAGACCGCAAUGCUACAAGUGUAAGGGGUUUGGACAUUAUGAUGUAGUAUGUCCUACGAGAGAAAAAAAAUUGGCCUUUGUAUGUGAGAAAGAACUCAGAAUGCUUGAUGCAGUUGAGGGAGUUGAGGAAGAGGAAUUUGAAGAAAGUGACAGUGAAGAUAUAGAGCACUUGGGAGCAACCGAUCUGCCCAGUUGUGUGAUCCACCGAGUUUUGACGGGCACUAAGAAGAAGAUCCAAAGUGAUAAUUCUGAUUGGCGACGCACCAACAUUUUUCAUACUUGUAUGGAGCAUGGUGAUCGUGCGUUAAAUGUUAUCAUUGACAAUGGGAGUGGAAUGAAUGUGGUCUCUAGUGAUGCAGUGGAAUGUUUGGGUUUGACAAUUGAAAAACACCCCACCCCUUAUCGAGUAAGCUGGGUCAAUGAAGAUAACCCCAUCUUGGUAAAACAUCGAUGUUUGGUGAAGUUCGCAUUGGGAAGAAGCUAUAUGGAUGAAGCCUGGUGUGAUGUAGUCCCUAUGACUGUUUGUCAUUUAUUAUUGGGUCGGCCUUGGCUCUAUGACAGAAAGGUGUUGUAUGACGGGUAUGCCAAUUCUUACUCUUUUAAAUUUAAUGGCAAGAAAUUCGUUUUAGACUCUUUGCAGAUUUUUGAGUUUGACACACAACCAAAACAAAAGAAAAAAGAGGUUGUUUCGGUGUUAACCAUUCGACAGUUUACUCAAGCUCUAAAAGGAAAACAACUAGUGCUGUUGCUAGUGAACCGAGAGACUAAACAGGAAGAUGGUAUUAUCCCCAACGAAUUUACAAACAUGCUGGAGAAGUUCCGGGAAAUCAUGCCCGAUGAGAUGCCAAAACAACUACCACCGAUGCGAGAGGUGCAACAUGCCAUUGAUCUAAUCCCAGGUUCUUCUCUAAUAAACCUACCACAUUACCGUAUGAGUCCCACGGAAAAUGAAGAACUGAAUCGACAAAUCCAGCAGCUGCUUGACAGUGGAUUCAUUCGAGAAAGUCUUAGCCCUUGUGCUGUACCAGUUCUACUUACACCCAAGAAAGACAAUACUUGGAGGAUGUGCGUCGAUAGCCGAGCGAUCAACAAAAUAACGGUGAAGUACCAAUUUCCUAUUCCUCGACUUGACGACAUGCUAGACUUAUUGAGUGGUGCAUCCAUCUUUACAAAAAUUGAUCUUCGUUGCGGGCAUCAUCAAAUUCAAAUCCAUUCCGGAGAUGAGUGGAAGACGGCAUUCAAAACCAAAGAUGGCUUAUUCGAGUGGUUGGUCAUGCCUUUCGGACUAACCAAAGCACCAAGCACAUUUAUGCAUGUCAUGACGCAAGCACUCAAACCUUUCUUGGGCAAAUUCGUAGUUGUCUAUUUUGAUGACAUCUUGAUUUUCAGCCAUUGUUUGCAGGAUCAUUUAGACCAUGUGCAGCAGGUCCUAGAGACAUUAAAAAGAGAACAACUCUAUGUAAACCGUGGCAAGUGUUCUUUUAUGAAGAAGCGGGUGUAUUUUUUGGGGUUCAUUAUUUCAGACCAAGGGGUUGAAGCCGAUCCUACCAAGGUUCAAGCAAUUAGAAGUUGGCCUGCUCCUCACAAUUUUUUUUGA